UGCCACCUGAUUCACUAUCUAAGACUCAGCCAUCACUUGAUAGCUCUGAAUUACUUGAUUUGUACCUUUGACAAGCUGAAGUCUGUCUCCUCCGAAGACAUUAACAUCACGGAUGCUGUUUUUGAUGGUGUGGAAGUCAGAGUUUUUGAACCCCCUGCAAAGCGAGAUGAAAGGCUCAAGCGCAGUGUUGUUUACAUCCACGGAGGGGGCUGGGCCUUGGCAAGUGCAAGAACAAGCCUUUAUAACAAUCUCUGCAGAAUCAUGGCUGAGUCUCUCAACGCUGUUGUCGUCUCAGUUGA